AUGGGGGCCUUGGGGUCCGCCGUGUCCCCGCUGCUGGCGCGGGAGCUGCGCGAGGCGGUGGCGGGAGAUGAGCGGCACGCGCGGGAGGAGGCGGCGAAAGUGCGGGCAGUGGGACAGCGCGUGAGCUACCGGGAGUUCAGGAACAUGGUGCUGGCAUCACACCUGAAGCCCCUGGAGAAGAAGGACAAGAUGGGUGACAGGAGGACAGUGCUGUGGAACCCCUGUGCAGCCCGCACCAAGGCCCCACACACCACUGAGGUGGAGAUACCCCAGGAGAUGGAUCAGCUGCCCGGGACCUCUGCUGAGUUCUACAGAGAUUGGCGCAGAUGCUUGAAAAGCGGAAAAGAAAAAUACCAGUUUUUGCUGAGGCUUGGAGGGGAAGCCUUGGGCAGAAUCUUUCAGGUUGAUUUGGGCUUUGGCCUCCUGGGUGAGUUCCUUGCAGUGCUGGCAGAGCACAUCUGUCCUGCAGACAGAGCAGGUGUCCUGCAGGUCUUACAGAGCCUCUCGGGCACCAAGCGCUUUGGGUUAAACCUGGAUCUCCUGAGUCAGUCGGAGAAGGAGAGCAGCAGGGAGGUGUUCAGGAAGCUGCAGACCAUGAGCAGGGGUUCCUGGACCACUGCUGGCCACCCCGGCAGCCCCACCAUCUGUGAAGCAGAGAGUGAAACCCACCUGGUGGGCACCAGCCUGCAAGAGGAAUCUGAGGAGGAAAGGCUGGUGAUGGAGCUGAUGAAACGGUACCAGGUCAGCUGAAGGAGCAGA